UGUCAGCCAAUCAGAUCGCCCAAUACUUGUAUAUAAUGUGAGUUUAAAAUUUUGAGCGCUACGCGUUGAAUAAGAGAGAAACUAACAUGGACGCAAACCUGUCCCGACUGCUUGUUGGCUUAUCUGUUCACAUCAGCCGCAGUGAUGGACGAGUCCACCUUGCGAAGGUGAAGUCUGUUGACCUCGUCAAGUCCACGGUCAUGGUUGAGUGGUAUGAGAGGAAAAUCUGCCGAGGGAAGGAGGUUGACAUGAGCGAGUUGUGCAAACUCAAUCCAGAUCUGCUGGAUCAUAUAAACGCUGCUGAAACUCCAGCUCCUGUUCCAGACAAGUCACAGAAGUAUGAAGGUCGACUCCGUUCAUCCAGGAUUCCGGCACUUCCCUCCUCCUCUGUUCCAGCUGUCAGUGAGGCAGAAGAGGCAGGUCGGCAAGGCACACAUGAUGCUCGCUUUGUCACUCGCUCUCAGGCGAGGCAGACCUGUUUGUUCCAGCCUCAGGCCCCUGUUUCAUCACCAGCCUCAACCUCAGAGCCUUCCCGAGCAAACCCAGAAACAAUCCACCCUGAGCUAAAUCCACCUUCAGUUCCCACCAACUCUGUGAGUCUAGAACAGCAACGUAGGAAGAAUGAGCAAAAAGCGGCAGCAGCGCUUCAAGAGGCAGUAAAGGCCACUGAAGAGCCUCCGAGAAUGCCUCCUACAUCUGCUGUCAGAGUCUCAAGAAAAUCUGUGGCUCCCCAUGAGAUAAACAAAGUUGGCAAAAGAACCUCCUGCUUUAUAAAGCCAUCUGAAGUGCAGACUAAGCGGGGAAAGUUUGGAGAGGCCUCGCGACCCAACCAAAAGUUCUACGAAAUGAUCCAGGUCUUCAGAGAGACAUUAGAAUACAUCCCUAUAUCCUCUACAGAUGUGGUUGAACCAUACAGAAUCUGUGUAUGUGUUCGCAAGCGACCCCUUAACAAGCAAGAGGUUGGCAGGAAGGAGAUAGAUGUUGUGUCUAUACCUGGAAAGGGUAAACUGUUGGUUCACGAGCCAAAACACAAAGUGGACCUCACAAAGUACUUGGACAACCAAGUUUUCCACUUCGACUACUCUUUUGAUGAGACUGCUGCAAAUGACCUUGUCUACAGGUUCACAGCCAAACCUUUGGUGCAGUCCAUUUUUGAUGGUUGCAUGGCAACAUGUUUUGCCUAUGGCCAGACAGGAAGUGGAAAGACUCAUACAAUGGGAGGUGAUUUCACAGGCAAGCAGCAGAACAGUGCCAAAGGGAUCUAUGCCUUGGCAGCCCAGGAUGUUUUCGCUUACCUCGGCAAUAGAAAGUACUCCAACCUGGAUCUCUCUGCGUACGUCAGCUUCUUUGAGAUUUACAAUGGCAAAGUGUAUGACCUGCUGAACAAAAAGGCCAAGCUCCGCGUUCUGGAAGAUGACCGACAACAGGUCCAGGUAGUAGGCCUGGAGGAGGUUUUUGUGACUGCAGCAGAAGAUGUCAUCAAGAUGAUACAGGCAGGCAGUGCAUGCAGAACAUCAGGCCAGACCUCGGCGAAUGCCAACUCCUCCCGGUCCCACGCCAUCCUCCAGAUUGUGCUGCGUCGCAAUGACCGUAAUAACACGCUGCAUGGCAAGUUUUCAUUGGUGGAUUUGGCCGGCAACGAGCGUGGCACAGAUGUGAGCAGCAACGAUCGCAGCACUUUGGUGGAGACGGCAGAAAUCAACCGCAGCCUGCUGGCUCUGAAGGAAUGCAUUCGUUCCCUAGGAAAGAACAGCGAUCACAUUCCGUUCCGAAUGAGCACUUUGACCAAGGUGCUUAGAGAUUCUUUCAUUGGCGAAAAAUCACGGACUUGCAUGAUUGCAAUGGUGUCACCAGGAAUGGCUUCAUGUGAAUAUACAAUGAACACACUGCGUUAUGCUGACAGAGUGAAGGAGCUGAAUGGCAACUCCAAAGCAAACGGAGCAGCAAAGGCACAGGAGCCCAUAAAUAGCUCCUCAGAUGAGGAAUCUGUUGUGGAUGCCAGUGUGUAUGAUGCUAUAUCUCAAGUGUCCGACCUAGAGGAGAAGGUUUAUGUACAGCUCAGGAAGGGAAUUGAACUUGUCAAAAUGAUGGAGGAAACGUCUUACAACAUAGAGACAGGACUUCCUGACCUGAUUGAUCAUUCACAGAAGCUGCAUGACACACUAUUGGCUUUGCAGUCUGCUGUAGAUAAGGAGAGAAUGGCAAGACUGAACAUCUGAAAUAUAAAUAACAUCCAGUGCAUCCAUAUUAACUGUCUCAGAGUUUAAAGGCUUUUGAUUAUAUGUAAUUUUAUGACCGUUAAUUAAAGUAUUCAAACACUAA